UGCUCACAUAUGCAAUUGUAAGUUAAUAAUUGCAUUGAUGUAAGUAAAUGAAAGUAAUGUGAAAUGGAUUGCAAAAGAAUUGAGAUAACAAUAAAAAGCACAAAUGCAAUUGUUUUCACAAUUGCAUUGAUGUGGUCAUGUGGAUGCUCUUAUUAGCUAUAAGACAAAAUGAUAAGAAUUGACUAAAAAGGUGGUUUGUGUUCUUAAUUUUUCUACGUGUAAAAAUCAUAAAAAUUUUCCCGACCCCGAGUUGAAAGCACCUAAGUAUUGUUGUAACAUCUCAAAACGGACAAUAGCUUGAUCAGAAAAAAGUUGAGAUGUUACAAGUAGUAUCAAAGCCUCUUCGUGUCCCACUUAGGCAAUGGUGUGCGGAUCUCAACGAGAACAUUGAGGCCCAGAAAAAGUGUACUUAACACCUUAUGUAAAUUCUACAUCAACAAAACACGAAAGAAAUCCAUAAUUCAUAAGUUCAAUCCAACUUUGAUUGAUAAGACACUUUGAACAAAAUAGAGAAAAACAGUCUAUCUAUAUCUAACGUAGAGAAAUACACUAUAUUCAAUUCGUUACAAUAGCAUCAUCGACACACUUCACGUUCGUGGAAGAGUAGCAUAGCAUCCAUUACCCUCCUUCCUUCCUCCAAACCUAAAACCGAAAGAAGAACGAAAAGUAGUUGCGUCCAUUACUAUUCUCAUAAAUUAUUUUUUUCCAAGUGGACAGCCAUAUUUAGUUCUCUCUCGCCGGAUCAUCGUGCUUCCUUCCUUACUUUCGUUACAUAACUCUCUCAUCCCAUCCCCAUGAAAGCUUAGACCUUUCUCCUCCAAAGCUACCCAAUCCCCUGCCUCUCCCAUCUGGUCAUUACCAUUCUCUUCUUUGGGUUUUCAACAAAGUUGCCGUCUUUUGAGUUUCGUAGCUUCUUUUCAUCUUUUUUUUUCUUGUGGGUAUGUAUGUUUUCGCUUUUGUCCUUCUUCUUUGCUCGGACGAAUUAGUAAAAAUAAAAAAUUUAUUUAUUUUUGGGUAUAUAAAGAAGCCCACUUUCAUUAACAUGAGAAGAGAACCCCCCGCUCCCCCUUUUUUUUGGCUAGCAGGAGGGCGGGUCGUCGUGCAUCUAAUUUUUUUCACGUCUGAAGCUCAGACGCAGCUUUCUCUCCCUCUCUAUACGCAGAAGAGAAGAAACGCCAUGGAGGUUAGUUAGUCAACCAGCUUCUUUUCUUCUUCUUUAGCUUUCCAUAAUCACCGUGGCGAAUGUGGCUUCUCUUUAGCUCACGGUUUUAUUAUUACACAUGGUGUUUGGGUGGAAUUUUUUUGUCUUUUAUGGGUGGUUGAUGUUAUAAGUUGGGAUCGUAUCGAGGAUUUCCUCCUGCUGCUGCUUCUCGUUUGCUUGUUGCUUUAGCUCUAUGAACAUUGUUUCAGCUUCUUCUUCUUCUCCUCCUCUGCAGGUAGUUCCCCGUUUCUGAUUCGUUGCGUUUCCGCUUCUUGCUUUGUUUUUUGCUCUCUUGUUGUGUGUUGGUUUGAUUGUUCGUGUGAUGUUUACGUUUGAGCCGAAAUGGAUCUAUGGAGCGGAGGGGAUUGGUUGAUUUUUGGGGUUCUGGGUUGGUGACGCUCGAAGCUCUUUAGCUUUCGUUAUUUGUCACGUUGGUGGGAGAGAUCGAGGUUGGGAAGAGAUCGAAUAUGCCGGCCGCUUGACGGAGAAGUGCGUAAUUCCUCUGGUGUUGAGGUAUGAUCAAGGAGGUUGUGUGUUGAAAUCUGGAUUAUGGGUCUUGUUCAAGUGAUGGGGAAUUUGCAGGUCUUGGUUAUGUGGAUUCUGCAUUUUCCCUGUAUUUGGUUGGGGCUGCUUGACUGGAAUAGCUUCCUUCUAGGUUUGUACCUCCAGCUCCUAGGCUGGAGUUCAUGUCAAUAAUCAUGGAGUUGUCCUUGUUUUAUGAUUACAUUGUGUCUUUCAAGUUGGGGAAAUUCCUCAACUUCUUAGGUGUCUGGUAAGCUACCUUUCAUCUGUCUUCCCCCAAACUGCAGUGUUUCACGUUCUCAAGUUAUCCGCAUUUCGGACAUGCUUUGGGAUUGUUGUCUGGCUUUUGUUGGAUCGCCUAUUCUCUAGUUCUUUUGGUUGUAGAUUCAAUCUGUAGCAGUUGCUUCUCCUGUUUCUAAACAAUUUCAUACUUUUUUUAACAUCACAGUUAGUUGUUGCCAAUGGGUGUCUUGAAGCUUAUUGUUGCCCAUUAUCUGCUUGAAGUAUGCUUUUAUAUCCCAAAGCUUGCUCACUGUGGUCUCUAGGGAUUAAGCCCUUCUGAUCCUAAAUGCUUCCUGGUCAAGAAUCCAUUUGUUAUUAUGCUGCAGCUUAUGAAAACUCCACUUCUCAUUGUUUGAGUUGGUGUUAACUUCUCUAAUUACCACAACCAUUUGCAUGGUUUCUCUUUUUAAGUUAAGCCUCUCAUGUUAGUGCCCAUAAUCUCUCCAGAUGGAGUCUACUCAACCGGAUCAAGAUAAUUGUCUCGUUAAAGAAACUGAUGUUGAACAGUUAGUGUGUGCUGCUGGCUCUCUGAACAUAUGUGGUGUAUCUGGAUAUCCAAGCCUAAGUCCUAGAAUUGGUGACGACUAUCAAGUGAAAAUCCCUCCAUUGGAAUCACAGUCAGAAGCCAUAUCAGAUGCUUCACUUCGUUUUCUAGGUCUCCCCAUCUCAAUCAUGCUAAUUCAUGAUAAAAUAGAUAGCAGGGCCGAGAAGGAGUUGAGACUACUGGGCCAUUGUGGCAAUGCAAAGACGUCCACCAAGUCCGGAAAAAGCAAGAAGCAUAAUAAUGCAACUGAGAAAACAGGUUCCAAGCUGAAGGAUGAGCCACUGGAUGAUGAUAGAUCAGUACAUUUUGAGAAGAAGCGGAAGGCACUCAAUAAGGCUGGUUCAAAACUGAAGGAUGAACCACUUGAUGAUGAAUCAAUACAUUGUGAGAAAAAGCAUAAAACAAGUGAGAAAGUUGGUUCGAUGAUAAAGGAUGACCUGCUUGAUAAUGGACCAUCAGUCCCCUGUGAGAAGAAGCAUAAUGCAAUCGAGAAUGUUGGUUCCGAACAGAAGGAUGUACAGAUUAAUGAUGCAUCAUCAGCCCAUUUUGAGAAGAAGCAUGAUUCAAUCGAGAAGGUUGGUUCAAAGCUGGAGGAUGAAGCACUCGAUGAAAGAUCAGUUAAACCACAGAAGGGAAACUCCGAAUGCGGAAGCGAAACAUAUUCAUUUGUCCCUGGAUCACUGGGAAGCUGUUGGAAUGAAGAUGAAGUGGAGAGUUUUAUCCUUGGUUUGUACAUUUUUGGUAAGAGUUUUGUUCCUAUAAAGAAAUUUGUUGACACCAAAGAGAUGGGAGACAUAUUGUCAUUCUACUAUGGGAGGUUCUAUGGCUCUGAUAGAUACAAACGAUGGUCUGAUUGCCGGAAAGUGAAGAGAAGAAAAUGUGUCUCUGGUGACAAACUGUUCACUGGAUGGCGGCAGCAGGAACUCAUCUCUCGCUUGCAACCUCACAUCUCAGAGAGUUACCAGAAGACUUUUCAAGAGAUUUCUGAGGUUAUGGCCGAGGGGAAAAUCCCACUAGAAGACUAUGCAUCCAUAUUAAAGGCUGCAGUUGGCAUUCACGUUCUAGUGGAAGCGAUUGGCAUCGGUAAAGGGAAGGAAGAUCUCACAAACCCUGGAAUGGAGUCCAUGAAAACGAACCCUGCCACCACCAAGUCUUGCUCAUCCCUCACCCCAACCGAUAUAGUAACCCUCUUGACUGGAGGCUUCCGUUUGAGCAAAGCUCGUUGCACUGAUAUCUUCUGGGAGGCUGUUUGGCCUCGGCUUCUUGCAAAAGGGUGGCACUCCGAGCAGCCAAACAACCUGAAUUACCUUGAUGCCAAAACCAAUUUAGUGUUUCUUGUCCCGGGUGUCAAAAAGUACUCGAGAAGGGAUCUUGUGAAGGGCUUCCACUAUUUUGACUCUGUUGCAGAUGUGUUGAGCAGAGUGGCUUCUGAACCGGAGCUGCUUGAACUUCAAGGAGCAGAUGAGGAAAAUAAGGAUGAUUCGGUUGUACCUCAGUCCCGUAAUUACCUCAAGCCUCGAGUCUCUAAUGGCAAUGCUAAGUCCAUGAAGUUCACUGUCGUCGACUCGAGCUCGGUCAGUGGUGAAAGAGGAGGACUAGUGAAGGUGAAGAGGAUGAGGUAUUUGCCUCGUGAUUUGGUGGUUACAUCUAUGGUUACGAGGAUUUCAGGUAUGAAGGGAAGCCUGUCGAUUGAAGAUUCUAAGGAGGAAGAGGAUGAGGAUGAGGAGAAGCAGAAGCCGAAAGAUUAUGAUACCAUUAAGAUGGUUGAUGAAACCAAGACAAAAGUUGUUCCAAACACUGGUAAGGUUGCAACCAGUGCUAAGUUCACCAUCGUUGAUACGAGUAGAGGCAAAUCAUCAUCCAACAAGAUAUUUGAGCUCAGGCAUUUACCAUCGGGAGACAGAGUUACUUGCCGAUGGAUCAAGCUUUCAGACGAGAAUAGAAAAAUAGCUCACGAUGAUAAAGUGGAUGGUGAUGGUGCAUUGCAUAGGAAAAACAAAAUCCACGAUUCUAAAGAGCUUCCUCCACAGCAAGCCAAACCGAGUUCAAACACUGUGAAGACCUCCUACAAGGAAGGGAGCAAUGUGUCGAAUGGGAAUCAGACAACCAAGGAUGCUGCUCCAGUACAGCAGUUCAGCCGAAGACCUAAACCUGGCCAUUCGAACAACUUGGUUCCUCUAGUCAAACGUCGGAGAUUGACUGCAUGCAUCAGCACAGAGAUGAGCCAUGUCACUGGGAACUGUACUACUGUUAAACUUGGAGCCAAAGAAAAAAAGAUUUGCUCUGGUUUAGAUUCAUCAAAGACGGUGAAGAAAAACACCCUUAAAGUCAUUGUCAGACCUCAACCAAAGCUAUCAUCAUCAUCAUCAGCUGAAGGAUGUGCUGACAAAGAAUGUGGUGGUGGAGUCAUGUCAAAUGCCAAUGUUUCAGACAUGAAGGGUGAUGAGGUAGCAGAAUCUUUACCCGAUUUGAACCUGCAGCCUCAAAGGCAACUGGACUCUGAACUGGUCGGGGAAAAAGCCGAAUCUGUUGCUUCUGAGUCAAGUAACCUCGAUCCUGGUGAAAUGCCGAGUUAUAACCCUGUGAGCGCCAACCCUGAAUCCAGGAGGCAGAGCACUAGGAACCGACCACUGACAACCCGAGCACUAGAGGCUCUCCAAUAUGAGUUCCUUGAUGUGAGGAAGCGGCCGAGGAGCUCACAACAAGAGGGUGGUAGUAGCUCGUCUUCUCGAAGGUCUCGAAGCAAAAAGAUAAAAGUGACAUCAUCAUCCAAGCUCGUCGUGGUUGCUGAAGAAGAGAAGAUUGAGAAUUCCAGCGGAGGAGGUUCGAGCAUCGAAGAACCAGCAGCUGCCAUGCAUCCUGAAAGUUGUAGUACGAGAUGAAAUGUUAGUACUUCAUCUUAAGGUGGUAGCUAGUCUUGUAGGUUUUGGGGUUUUGAGUUGUUAAUUGGGGCUAAAAAAUUGUUAAUCGGAUGUUUAGGAGUGAUUGCAAGCUGCUGCUAACCCUGUGAAAAAAAGGCGCCAUUGAUUUGGCCGCAGCAAUUGAUAUAUAUACAUUUUGGAUAGAAAGAUUAGAAAGCAUAGAAGAUAUAUGCUUCAACAUUGCUCGUUUUCUUCCUUCCUAAUACCUUGUUGUUGAAGGAACCAUUAAGGCAAGCCAGUGUUUUGUCACAUGAUUAUGGAUUAGACGACGAAAAAUGAAGCGGUAGAUGGUUGAGUUCAAUUUUUUAUCCCGUUCUUCGAAAGAGAAGUUCUAAUAAAAUUUCUUCAUCGAAUUUGAAAUGGAGAAAAAUGAUGAUUUAAUCGCCUACAAUGAGAAUGAUCCUAAAUAGAUUGUUGGCUGGCUUGAAUUCCAAUGUUGCGAUAAAUACUUUUACAAUGA